GUGCGGAGUUGUCGUCCGAAGCGGUCGGUUCAUUACGCUUGUACUGGGCGAACCGUCGGCAGUAGCGCCGGCGCCGCCGUCGGCGAUGGACCACGACGAGGACAGAUCUUUGUCCCUGGGGACGGAGGUCUCGGCCUCCGUGCCUCCACCGAGCCCCCUGACGGGAUGCUAUCUGCUCGCUGUCAUUGGGGAGCCCCAUACUGAUGAACACAAGGAGAUUAUCCUUCAGCGGCUCGUUAAAGGGCUCCUGUCAUGGGAUUCUGGCGAGCACCAGGUCGAUCUGGAGAAAGAACUGGCCACCCUCUCGGCUCAGGCACCCGAGGGGGAGGAAGCCAGAUAUGGCGAAAGAUUGAUCCAGUUCGCGUCCGAGAACCUCGUGACGGAGAUCCUGAUUCACCCACAGAUGAACACGCUAAUGCAGUGCAUGAGGAACCUGCUUAGCUCGUUCACUAGACACAGACAUCUUAUCCACGCUGGAUACACAUUUGCCGGCAAUGGCUCAUGGAUUAUGCAGGAUGGGACAUUUUCCCUAUCCGACUUUACUGACGCUUACCAAGAGAACGAAGUUCAGCGCGUUAUCCGCGCAUAUGAAAACUCGAUCUCCAUCGAUAUACACUGCUCGACCGGCGGUGGCGAGUGGCAGAAGCUACUUGAUACGCCAUUCGUCAAACACUGCAAGAUUAGAAUCAACCCCACCGAUAUACUCGACUCUGGCUCUCAAGCCAUCAAGGAUUUUAUCACAUACCUCGACCCUUACGUAGUGCCAGCAAGUCUGGAACAGCUGCUGGUCUCCAGCGACGUGGUUGGCAACAUUCGCUUCAGCCACCCAACUCUAUAUGUCUUCCCUGGAGGUCAGGGAGAUGCCGCAUUAUUCGGCAUCAAUGGAUUUAAUAUGCUCGUCGAUGGCGGCUUCUCUCGCAAGGCCUGCUGGUGGGACUUCGCACGUCACUUGGACAGACUCGACGCUGUAUUAUUUACACGGCUCAACAACUGCUCGGUGUCGGGCAUGGCUUCGGUGCUUCAUCGCAAAGCUACAGCAACUGUUUACCCACAAAUUGGUCAUUUCUUCUGUAACCUUGAAGAACGUCGCGGACUCGCUAGCCCCGAUGGUGAUAAAGACUCAGACCCAUUGCUAGUAUCACUCUUACAAUCUGGUUCUGACAUGAUGACAGACCUUCGACAUCUUAAUCUAAAACCACAGCAUUGCUAUCGAAGCCCUGAACCAAUUAAUUUGUACCACAAAGUUGGCCACGGGACCUUAGAUAUGUAUGUGCUUAAUCCGUCCAAGGACUCUAAAUAUGUUCGAGAGUUUCUAAAGAGGUGGCAUAACAGUGAACAAAAACUUUUUGAAGGGGCCAAUAUAUCUGGACAAUUCAAUUUUCCUAUUCCUAAUUUAGUAUCAAUAUGUGCAUUGUUAGUAUGGCGGCCGGCUAACCCUGACGAUACAAUUACAAGAAUAAUGUUUCCUGGGUCAACCCCACAGCACAAAAUUUUUGAAGGACUUGAAAGGUUAAGACACUUAGAAUUUCUACAGCACCCUACAUAUACAGGCCGUCAAAUGCUACCUGUCUCAGUACCGUCUGCCACAAUAACUUCCACAAAAACAACAAAGCAAGCUUCAACGAAAGUUAGUAAAGAAAAGAGUACUGUCACAGAAAAGAAAGAUGAUAAAGUUUCUGAGGUGGAUCAUUCAAAGCUAACGAAAGAUGAAACAUAUUCUAAAAAUAUAAUCGACAAUAAAUUAUUAAGUGAACUAGCUGACACUGAAGAUAAAAAAAUUGAAUCAGUUUUAAAAGAUGCUAUAACUGCUAGAGUUGAUACAAAAUUAGACGAUAAAUUUGCUCAGUAUGAAAGCACCGUAAUAGAUGGCUUAUCAAAGAAGAAGGAUACAAAGAAAAAAGUCUUGGAUAAGAAAUUAAAACGUAUUGAUAAGGCUGAUGAAGUUAAAGAUACUAUUUAUAAAACUUCGGAAAUAAAGAAAUUAGAAACGGAUAGCAAAUUAAAAUCUGAACCUCGGAAAAAAACAGAUAGAAUGAAAAUUGAUUCAAUAACGUCAUCAGUGGCUAAAAGUAAGGUUAGUCAUCGAGCACUACUCAAGACGGCUGAGAAAAAAUCAACAUUAAGUUCAAUAGACAAAAAAAUAAUCACAGAUGACAAAAAGUCUCCCCCUACAACACCAAAGAAAAUAAUAGAUACCAAAACCACUACAACAAUAGCAAAGGAUAAAAUUAAGAUAAAAACUAGAAAAGUAAGUCCAGGGAGCACUCCUGCUAAAAGCAUGAAAGAAGCAAAUAACAGACGUGUACUUGAAUCCAAAUACAAGCAAUCUUCAUCUCCUAAACGAGAUCUAACACAAAAAGUUUCCGAUAAGAAAGAUACAAAAACAAAACGUGAACCAAUUUCACGUCGGCCAAGACCCUUAGCUUCGCCUAUCAAAGGAAUUAAAGCAUCAAAAAGUCCUACUAAGUCAAUUAAAUCUGUCAAAUCUGAUACUUCAAAGUUAAAAGGUCUUCAGAGAGUGAAUUAUGAAGACAUAUUAAAAGAUGCUAAAAAAUCUGAUGAAGAAACAUCAAGAUCUCUUGAUGACAUUAAGCAACAAGAGUUAGACGAGAGGGAAGAACAAGAAAUUGUCAGGGAAAUUGAAGCAGUUUUUAAUAGAGAUAGCGAAGCAGACGAAAAAAUUGAGUUUGUUGGAAGGUCUGACAUAGAGAAAAUUACUUGUUUAUUAGAUGACGUCAAAACUGAAACUACUGCUGAUGGUGAAUUUGAAGAAGAAUAUCUAAUUAUUGAAAAAGAAGAAGUUGACCAAUAUACGGAAGAAUCGAUAGCAGAUCGAGAUAGUAGUCAUGAUAAAGAAGAUGAAUUACAUAAACACAUAAAAGACAAAGAAGAAUCUGAAAAGCAAAAGAUUGAAAAAGAUGAUAUUGAGGCGGUCAAAAUAAAACCUGAAACGGUUACUGAAAAAGAAAGUAAAGAGAUCGAAUCAAAAGAUCAUUCUGUAAGUGUAGAAGAGAAACAAGAUAUAAGCAGUGAAAAGAAAACCUCUGAUAGUAAAAGUGGCCUUAUCAAACCUAAGGAUUCUCUUGAAAAUAUUAUACAAGAAACACACCUAGACGAAAAAAUAUCAACAACUGUUGAGUCUGGUGCCACAACUGCGCCUACUCUUCCUGAAGAUGAACGAAUACCGUUAGACGAGAUCAAGGAAGAUCAGCAUGUUGAAGAAAAAUAUAUUAAAGAAGAAACUAAAGAAAUCUUACCAACGCGAAAUCAAAUUGACAUUCAAAAGCCGAUGUCUUUAGAAAAAAGUCCUAAAAUUACAACUUUACCUGCGCCUAUUAGAGAAAUCGUAAAAACACCGGAUGAAGUCGCAGACUUACCAUUACAUGAAGAAGUAGAUUAUCAAACAUACGAAGAGAAAAAAACACCAACUGAAGAUGAUUAUAAGCGUAGAAUAGAAAUUGGCUUAGAUCAUGUAAAAAUACCCAAAGACUUACCACUAGUUGAUAAAGAAAUAGCCUAUAAAGAAACUAUUCAAGAUGUCAUUGUUAAAACUGUUCAACGUCCGUCUCAUGCAGAAUUGGUUACAGUUACACCUGGCUCUGCUCCAGAAUCCCCAAUGUAUCAUGAUCAAAUGAAGGCUACUUUAUUGCCUGGGAAAGAUUUAAAAGCAGUCAAAGAGUAUGAAGGCUCUGCUUUUGACUAUGGUCAAUUUACAGAAAAAUUACGUGAAACUCAUAUCACAACGGUAGAUUCACCAAAUAAAGAUGACAUAAUUAUUAUUGAAGACAUUUCUUCAAUGCCUGAAAAAAUACCAUCGAUACCAGAAGAUGUAGAAAAAGAAAUAGAAGAAGCGAGUAAAUUAGAAGCAAUCGAUAAACCUUUACUUAGUCCGAAGGAUGUUGAAAAGAUCGUUGCAGAUGUAGCCGAAGUGUUAAAAUCUGAUAAAAGCUUGGAGGAACUAAUAGCUGAAAAAUCGCCGAUGCUGCGAAAAUCUCCAGAAAUAUUUAGCAAAAUAAAUAUUGGAGAUGAAGAGGCAAUUGAAACAACAUCAAUUUUCUUAAAAGAAGAAAGAGCAACUGAUGAACAAGUUACAAUUGCAUCAGGUAUUAGCGAACAGUUGAAAUCAGAUGGUAUAAAAGAAAGGGACACCAAACAAAUACAACGUGUAUCAGAGAAGGAAAAGAAAACUCGAAAAGAAGUGUCACCUGCACGAUCUGUAACAUCUGAAGAUAUCAGCGAUGUUUCCGAUAAAACCGUUCUUAGUGAAGGAAAGAAAAUAAAACGCGAACGUAUGGACGACAAAGACAGUUUAAUAAUGCAACAGGACUUUGAAAAAGUUUCAUCUCAGGUCGAUUCUAUUAUAAAACCGGUCACAACCCAAAUUAACGGUUUUGCUCUUGACACACCUGCAACAAAAGACAAGAUUGUUUCUCUCAAUGUUUUAGAUGAACUUCCAUUAAUUGAAUCAAAUAAAAAUAUCACUGAUUUACAAAGUGAAAAAAGGCUAAGUGUCACCUUAGAUUCUGCUAAAACACUUGAAAAACUUGAAGAAAGAAUUGCUGAUCUAAAGAAAAAAGAGGAUCAAAAAGAAAUCACUGGAAAUUUAGAAACUACAAGCCGUGAAAAACAACAAGAGAAACAGUAUCUCCGUAAGCAUUCGGAAAAAGAUAUAGUUAAACCGGAUAUUAAAGAAAAUAUUGCCAUCGAUUCAUCAAUCCUACCAACGGAACAAGAUUCACUCACUAAAGUUCUUGAAAAAGAACUUGUUUCUGAGGAAAAAGAGAAACUAGAAGAUGAUGUUGCUGACACGACAAAGCACGACACUUAUCACAUACCUUUACAUAUCGAUGUUAAAAAAGAAUCCCCUCUUUUAACUCACAUAACUUCAAGAGAAUUAGAGAAAAUACCAAGUCCUGAUUUAAUACAAGACAUAAAAGAUACAACAAAGCCUAAUGAAUUUGAUGACAAAUUAAAACAAAAGCCCAAUAUCGUUUCUGACAAACUUGAUGAAAAGCAAGUAAGUUUAGAAAAAGAUAUAAGGGAAUCUUUGACAGAUGAAGAAACAAAUAAAAAAAUCGAUGGUGAUGAAGUUAAACAAAUUAAACAAGAAGAGAAAAAAAAAGAAAGUAAAUCUAUGAUAAGUAGUUUUAUGAAUAAAUUUGAUGAAAAACUCACUAAGGCCAAAGGACUUUUUACAAAAAAGACUGACAAAUCUCUCGAUGAAGGCAUUUUGUCUGAAAAACCAAUUGCAGAAAAAUCCGUUGAAGUAAAGAAAUUGAUUCAUGAAACAGAUAGCAAAAAAAUGUUAGAUUCUAUCAAAUUACUUGAAACGUAUAUGAUAGCUUUACUUUCGUCACAGAGAGAAAUUGAAGAAAUACUUGGUGAAUAUUCCGUACAGGGAGAGCCAAGUGAUAAUUACGAUAUGAAAUCAGAAAACAUACAUGAAGAACAUAUUUUAAUCGUUCGGACAACUACCACAAGGGUGAUCAAAACAAAAUAUGCUGAUAGAUUUGGAAUAAUCAGAAAAUUAAAAACAAUCACAAUAACCACAAUAACCAAUAGCCGUCCUGAUGGAUCGUCGACUACUGAUAUAGACGGAAAUACAGUAUUAAGUGACAUUGACGACAAAAUUAUAUCUGAAAUAAGACGUUUCAACAUUAAAGAAGAUACUACAAUUGUCGAACAAAACAUGAAAAGAGAAAUAAAAAUUAAUGAAAAAUUAAUUAUAGAAAAAUCCAAUAUAAAUAUAAUUAAGGAAAUCAUAACAAACCAAAUGAGAUUAAGGAGGAAAUUAAAAACAACAAUCGAAACAAAGAGAGAAAUCAAUUUAUCAGAAACAGACGUUGAAACAAUUGCAACAACAACAACAUACAUAGGAGAUUUUAAUACAAUAACAAAACGAAUCUCAAAUGAAAAACUUGUUAAAAUUAUUAUAUCAUCAAAGAAGACUGUUCCAAAUAUAUCAGAAUCACCUAUUUUACCUGAUAUUCAUUCAAUUCAGAAGCAACUCAAUAGUGCUAAGGAUGACAUGAUACAACCUAUAUUAGAAAAGUUGGAUGGAAAAACUCCUAGCCCAGUUAAAGAAGACAAAGAUAAACUAAAUUUCGUAAAGCCAGACGAAAAGACGCCUAGUCCCGUAAAAGAAAUCGAGGUAAAAUCACCAUUCGACAAACCAGACGAGAAGAUACCGAGCUCUAUUAAAGACGAUAAAGAAAAACCCGUAAUCGAAAAGAAAGCGGUGACUAGCCCUGUCACAGACGUUAUGUCAGAAUUCCUUGUAGUAAAACCAGACGAGAAGACUCCUAGCUCCGUUGAAGGAGAACAGGUAAAACCAGCAUUCGAAAAAUCUGAUAAAAAGGCACCUAGUCCCGAUAAAGUUGUUGAAGUAAAACUAUCAUUGGAAAAGCCUGUGGAGAAGACUCCUAGCCCGAUUAAAGAUGAAGAAUUAAAACCAUCAUUGGAAAAGCCAGAAGAGAAGUUACCUGGUCCAGUUAAAGAAGGCAAAGAAAAACUUGGACUCGAAAAGGCAGAAGUGAAGGUGAUCGAAGAUGUCAAGGAAAAACCGCUUCUAGAAAAACGAGACGAGAAGACACCUAGCCCUAUGAAAGCAGAAGAAGUAAAACUAUCAUUUGAUAAACGAGAAGAGAAGGCUGCUAGCCCCGUUAUAGAGGAUGAGGUAAAACCAUCAUUUGCAAAACCAUAUGAGAAGGCGCCAAGCCAGAUUAAAGACGACAAAACAAAACCCGUAACGGAAAAGCAAGUGAAGAAGGUGCCUAGCCCAGUCACAGGAGACAAGGAGAUACAACUUUUAGACAAGCCCGACGAAAAAGUGCCAAGCCCUGUCGAAGAUGACAAGGUGAAACCACUUUUUGAAAAACCAGACGAGAAGGCUCCUAGCCCCGUCAAAGAUGACAAGGUGAAAACUCUUUUAGAAAAACCAGACGAGAAGGCUUCUAGCCCAGAUAAAGUGGAUGAAAUAAAACUAUCAUUGCUAAAGCUAGACGAGAAAGCUCCUAGUCCAGUGGAAGUAGAGGUAAAACCAUCUUUGGAAAUGGCCGACGAGAAGACGCCUAGCCCUGUCAAAGAUGAAAAGAUGAAACCACUAUUAGAAAAACUAGGGGAGGAGGCUCCAAGCCCUGAUAAAAAUGAAGAGGUACAACCAUCAAUGGAAAAGGCAGAAGACAAGUUGCCUAGCCCUGGCCAAUAUGACAAGAGUAAACCACUUUUAGAAAAGCCAGACGAGAAAGUGCCUAGCCCUGUCGAAGGUGACAAGGUAAAGCCACUUUUCGAAAAAUCGGACGAGAAGGCUCCCAGCCCCGUCCAAGAUGACAAGGUGAAACCACUUUUCGAAAAACCAGACGAGAAAGCUCCUAGCCCAGAUAAAGUGGAUGAGGUAAAACCAUCAUUCGUAAGGCCAGACGAGAAAGCUCCUAGUCCGGUUGAAGAAGAAGAGGUAAAACCAUCAUUGGAAAAGGCAGACGACAAGGUGCCUAGCCCUGUCAAAGACGACAAGGCCAAACCACUUUUAGAAAAGGCCGACGAGAAGGUGCCGAGCCCUGUCAAAGAUGACGAGGUGAAGCCACUUUUAGAAAAACCAGACGAGAAAGCUCCUAGCCCAGAUAAAGUGGAUCAGGUAAAACCAUCAUUCGUAAAGCCAGACGAGAAAGCUCCAAGUCCGGUUGAAGAAAAAGAGGUAAAACCAUCAUUGGAAAAGGCAGAAGACAAGGUGCCUAGCCCUGACAAAGACGACAAGGCCAAACCACUUUUACAAAAGGCCGACGAGAAGGUGCCGAGCCCUGUCGAAGAUGACAAGGUGAAACCACUUUUCGAAAAACCAGACGAGAAGGCUCCUAGCCCCGAUAAAGUGGAUGAUGUAAAACCAUCAUUCGUAAAGCCAGACGAGAAAGCUCCAAGUCCGGUUGAAGAAAAAGAGGUAAAACCAUCAUUGGAAAAGACCGACGAGAAGGUGCCGAGCCCUGUCGAAGAUGACAAGGUGAAACCACUUUUCGAAAAACCAGACGAGAAAGCUCCUAGCCCAGAUAAAGUGGAUGAGGUAAAACCAUCAUUCGUAAGGCCAGACGAGAAAGCUCCUAGUCCGGUUGAAGAAGAAGAGGUAAAACCAUCAUUGGAAAAGGCAGACGACAAGGUGCCUAGCCCUGUCAAAGACGACAAGGCCAAACCACUUUUAGAAAAGGCCGACGAGAAGGUGCCGAGCCCUGUCAAAGAUGACGAGGUGAAGCCACUUUUAGAAAAACCAGACAAGAAAGCUCCUAGCCCAGAUAAAGUGGAUGAGGUAAAACCAUCAUUCGUAAAGCCAGACGAGAAAGCUCCAAGUCCGGUUGAAGAAAAAGAGGUAAAACCAUCAUUGGAAAAGGCAGAAGACAAGGUGCCUAGCCCUGACAAAGACGACAAGGCAAAGCCUCUUUUACAAAAGACCGACGAGAAGUCGCCGAGCCCUGUCGAAGAUGACAAGGUGAAACCACUUUUCGAAAAACCAGACGAGAAGGCUCCUAGCCCCGAUAAAGUGGAUAUUGUAAAACCAUCAUUCGUAAAGCCAGACGAGAAAGCUCCAAGUCCGGUUGAAGAAAAAGAGGUAAAACCAUCAUUGGAAAAGGCAGAAGACAAGGUGCCUAGCCCUGGCAAAGACGACAAGGCCAAACCACUUUUACAAAAGGCCGACGAGAAGGCUCCCAGCCCCGUCCAAGAUGACAAGGUGAAACCACUUUUCGAAAAAUCGGACGAGAAGGCUCCCAGCCCCGUCCAAGAUGACAAGGUGAAACCACUUUUAGAAAAACCAGACGAGAAGACUCCUAGCUCCGAUAAAGUGGAUGAUGUAAAACCAUCAUUGGAAAAGGCAGAAGACAAGGUUCCUAGCCCUGACAAAGACGACAAGGCCAAGCCUCUUUUAGAAAAGCCCCACGAGAAGGUGCCGAGCCCUGUCGAAGAUGACAAGGUGAAACCACUUUUCGAAACACCAGACGAGAAGGCUCCUAGCCCCGAUAAAGUUGAUGAUGUUAAACCAUCAUUCGUAAGACCAGACGAGAAAGCUCCUAGUCCGGUUGAAGAAGAAGAUGUAAAACCAUCAUUGGAAAAGGCAGACGACAAGGUGCCUAGCCCUGUCAAAGACGACAAGGCCAAACAUCUUUUAGAAAAGGCCCACGAGAAGGUGCUGAGCCCUGUCGAAGAUGACAAGGUGAAACCACUUUUAGAAAAACCUGACGAGAAGGCUCCUAGCCCCGAUAAAGUAGAUGAUGUAAAACCAUCAUUCGUAAAGCCAGACGAGAAAGCUCCAAGUCCGGUUGAAGAAAAAGAGGUAAAACCAUCAUUGGAAAAGGCAGAAGACAAGGUGCCUAGCCCUGACAAAGACGACAAGGCCAAGCCUCUUUUACAAAAGACCGACGAGAAGGUGCCGAGCCCUGUCGAAGAUGACAAGGUGAAACCACUUUUCGAAAAACCAGACGAGAAGGCUCCUAGCCCCGAUAAAGUGGAUAUUGUAAAACCAUCAUUCGUAAAGCCAGACGAGAAAGCUCCAAGUCCGGUAGAAGAAAAAGAGGUAAAACCAUCAUUGGAAAAGGCAGAAGACAAGGUGCCUAGCCCUGGCAAAGACGACAAGGCCAAACCACUUUUACAAAAGGCCGACGAGAAGGUGCCGAGCCCUGUCGAAGAUGACAAGGUGAAACCACUUUUAGAAAAACCAGAAGAGAAGGCUCCUAGCCCCGAUAAAGUGGAUGAUGUAAAACCAUCAUUGGAAAAGGCAGAAGACAAGGUGCCUAGCCCUGACAAAGACGACAAGGCCAAGCCUCUUUUACAAAAGACCGACGAGAAGGUGCCGAGCCCUGUCGAAGAUGACAAGGUGAAACCACUUUUCGAAAAACCAGACGAGAAGGCUCCUAGCCCCGAUAAAGUUGAUGAUGUUAAACCAUCAUUCGUAAGACCAGACGAGAAAGCUCCUAGUCCGGUUGAAGAAGAAGAUGUAAAACCAUCAUUGGAAAAGGCAGACGACAAGGUGCCUAGCCCUGUCAAAGACGACAAGGCCAAACAUCUUUUAGAAAAGGCCCACGAGAAGGUGCUGAGCCCUGGCGAAGACGACAAGGUGAAAUCACUUUUAGAAAAACCAGACGAGAAGGCUCCUAGCCCCGAUAAAGUAGAUGAUGUAAAACCAUCAUUCGUAAAGACAGACGAGAAAGCUCCAAGUCCGGUUGAAGAAAAAGAGGUAAAACCAUCAUUGGAAAAGGCAGAAGACAAGGUGCCUAGCCCUGACAAAGACGACAAGGCCAAGCCUCUUUUACAAAAGACCGACGAGAAGGUGCCGAGCCCUGUCGAAGAUGACAAGGUGAAACCACUUUUCGAAAAACCAGACGAGAAGGCUCCUAGCCCCGAUAAAGUGGAUAUUGUAAAACCAUCAUUCGUAAAGCCAGACGAGAAAGCUCCAAGUCCGGUAGAAGAAAAAGAGGUAAAACCAUCAUUGGAAAAGGCAGAAGACAAGGUGCCUAGCCCUGGCAAAGACGACAAGGCCAAACCACUUUUACAAAAGGCCGACGAGAAGGUGCCGAGCCCUGUCGAAGAUGACAAGGUGAAACCACUUUUAGAAAAACCAGAAGAGAAGGCUCCUAGCCCCGAUAAAGUGGAUGAUGUAAAACCAUCAUUCGUUAAGCCAGACGAGAAAGCUCCAAGUCCGGUUGAAGAAAAAGAGGUAAAACCAUCAUUGGAAAAGACCGACGAGAAGGUACCGAGCCCUGUCGAAGAUGACAAGGUGAAACCACUUUUCGAAAAACCAGACGAGAAGGCUCCUAGCCCCGAUAAAGUUGAUGAUGUUAAACCAUCAUUCGUAAGACCAGACGAGAAAGCUCCUAGUCCGGUUGAAGAAGAAGAUGUAAAACCAUCAUUGGAAAAGGCAGACGACAAGGUGCCUAGCCCUGUCAAAGACGACAAGGCCAAACAUCUUUUAGAAAAGGCCCACGAGAAGGUGCUGAGCCCUGGCGAAGAUGACAAGGUGAAAUCACUUUUAGAAAAACCAGACGAGAAGGCUCCUAGCCCCGAUAAAGUAGAUGAUGUAAAACCAUCAUUCGUAAAGACAGACGAGAAAGCUCCAAGUCCGGUAGAAGAAAAAGAGGUAAAACCAUCAUUGGAAAAGGCAGAAGACAAGGUGCCUAGCCCUGGCAAAGACGACAAGGCCAAACCACUUUUACAAAAGGCCGACGAGAAGGUGCCGAGCCCUGUCGAAGAUGACAAGGUGAAACCACUUUUAGAAAAACCAGAAGAGAAGGCUCCUAGCCCCGAUAAAGUGGAUAUUGUAAAACCAUCAUUCGUAAAGCCAGACGAGAAAGCUCCAAGUCCGGUAGAAGAAAAAGAGGUAAAACCAUCAUUGGAAAAGGCAGAAGACAAGGUGCCUAGCCCUGGCAAAGACGACAAGGCCAAACCACUUUUACAAAAGGCCGACGAGAAGGUGCCGAGCCCUGUCGAAGAUGACAAGGUGAAACCACUUUUAGAAAAACCAGAAGAGAAGGCUCCUAGCCCCGAUAAAGUGGAUAUUGUAAAACCAUCAUUCGUAAAGCCAGACGAGAAAGCUCCAAGUCCGGUAGAAGAAAAAGAGGUAAAACCAUCAUUGGAAAAGGCAGAAGACAAGGUGCCUAGCCCUGGCAAAGACGACAAGGCCAAACCACUUUUACAAAAGGCCGACGAGAAGGUGCCGAGCCCUGUCGAAGAUGACAAGGUGAAACCACUUUUAGAAAAACCAGAAGAGAAGGCUCCUAGCCCCGAUAAAGUGGAUGAUGUAAAACCAUCAUUCGUUAAGCCAGACGAGAAAGCUCCAAGUCCGGUUGAAGAAAAAGAGGUAAAACCAUCAUUGGAAAAGGCAGAAGACAAGGUGCCUAGCCCUGACAAAGACGACAAGGCCAAGCCUCUUUUACAAAAGACCGACGAGAAGGUGCCGAGCCCUGUCGAAGAUGACAAGGUGAAACCACUUUUCGAAAAACCAGACGAGAAGGCUCCUAGCCCCGAUAAAUUUGAUGAUGUUAAACCAUCAUUCGUAAGACCAGACGAGAAAGCUCCUAGUCCGGUUGAAGAAGAAGAUGUAAAACCAUCAUUGGAAAAGGCAGACGACAAGGUGCCUAGCCCUGUCAAAGACGACAAGGCCAAACAUCUUUUAGAAAAGGCCCACGAGAAGGUGCUGAGCCCUGGCGAAGAUGACAAGGUGAAACCACUUUUAGAAAAACCAGACGAGAAGGCUCCUAGCCCCGAUAAAGUAGAUGAUGUAAAACCAUCAUUCGUAAAGACAGACGAGAAAGCUCCAAGUCCGGUUGAAGAAAAAGAGGUAAAACCAUCAUUGGAAAAGGCAGAAGACAAGGUGCCUAGCCCUGACAAAGACGACAAGGCCAAGCCUCUUUUACAAAAGACCGACGAGAAGGUGCCGAGCCCUGUCGAAGAUGACAAGGUGAAACCACUUUUCGAAACACCAGACGAGAAGGCUCCUAGCCCCGAUAAAGUUGAUGAUGUUAAACCAUCAUUCGUAAGACCAGACGAGAAAGCUCCUAGUCCGGUUGAAGAAGAAGAUGUAAAACCAUCAUUGGAAAAGGCAGACGACAAGGUGCCUAGCCCUGUCAAAGACGACAAGGCCAAACAUCUUUUAGAAAAGGCCCACGAGAAGGUGCUGAGCCCUGUCGAAGAUGACAAGGUGAAACCACUUUUAGAAAAACCUGACGAGAAGGCUCCUAGCCCCGAUAAAGUAGAUGAUGUAAAACCAUCAUUCGUAAAGCCAGACGAGAAAGCUCCAAGUCCGGUUGAAGAAAAAGAGGUAAAACCAUCAUUGGAAAAGGCAGAAGACAAGGUGCCUAGCCCUGACAAAGACGACAAGGCCAAGCCUCUUUUACAAAAGACCGACGAGAAGGUGCCGAGCCCUGUCGAAGAUGACAAGGUGAAACCACUUUUCGAAAAACCAGACGAGAAGGCUCCUAGCCCCGAUAAAGUGGAUAUUGUAAAACCAUCAUUCGUAAAGCCAGACGAGAAAGCUCCAAGUCCGGUUGAAGAAAAAGAGGUAAAACCAUCAUUGGAUAUGGCAGAAGACAAGGUGCCUAGCCCUGACAAAGACGACAAGGCCAAGCCUCUUUUAGAAAAGCCCCACGAGAAGGUGCCGAGCCCUGUCGAAGAUGACAAGGUGAAACCACUUUUAGAAAAACCAGACGAGAAGGUUCCUAGCCCCGAUAAAGUAGAUGAUGUAAAAUCAUCAUUCGUUAGGCCAGACGAGAAAGCUUCAAGUCCGGUUGAAGAAAAAGAGGUAAAACCAUCAUUGGAAAAGGCAGAAGACAAGGUGCCUAGCCCUGACAAAGACGACAAGGCCAAGCCUCUUUUACAAAAGACCGACGAGAAGGUGCCGAGCCCUGUCGAAGAUGACAAGGUGAAACCACUUUUCGAAAAACCAGACGAGAAGGCUCCUAGCCCCGAUAAAGUGGAUAUUGUAAAACCAUCAUUCGUAAAGCCAGACGAGAAAGCUCCAAGUCCGGUAGAAGAAAAAGAGGUAAAACCAUCAUUGGAAAAGGCAGAAGACAAGGUGCCUAGCCCUGGCAAAGACGACAAGGCCAAACCACUUUUACAAAAGGCCGACGAGAAGGUGCCGAGCCCUGUCGAAGAUGACAAGGUGAAACCACUUUUAGAAAAACCAGAAGAGAAGGCUCCUAGCCCCGAUAAAGUGGAUGAUGUAAAACCAUCAUUCGUAAAGCCAGACGAGAAAGCUCCAAGUCCGGUUGAAGAAAAAGAGGUAAAACCAUCAUUGGAAAAGGCAGAAGACAAGGUGCCUAGCCCUGACAAAGACGACAAGGCCAAGCCUCUUUUACAAAAGACCGACGAGAAGGUGCCGAGCCCUGUCGAAGAUGACAAGGUGAAACCACUUUUCGAAAAACCAGACGAGAAGGCUCCUAGCCCCGAUAAAGUGGAUGAUGUAAAACCAUCAUUCGUAAAGACAGACGAGAAAGCUCCAAGUCCGGUUGAAGAAAAAGAGGUAAAACCAUCAUUGGAAAAGGCAGAAGACAAGGUGCCUAGCCCUGACAAAGACGACAAGGCCAAGCCUCUUUUACAAAAGACCGACGAGAAGGUGCCGAGCCCUGUCGAAGAUGACAAGGUGAAACCACUUUUCGAAAAACCAGACGAGAAGGCUCCUAGCCCCGAUAAAGUGGAUAUUGUAAAACCAUCAUUCGUAAAGCCAGACGAGAAAGCUCCAAGUCCGGUUGAAGAAAAAGAGGUAAAACCAUCAUUGAAAAAGGCAGAAGACAAGGUGCCUAGCCCUGACAAAGACGACAAGACCAAACCACUUUUACAAAAGGCCGACGAGAAGGUGCCGAGCCCUGUCGACGAUGACAAGGUGAAACCACAUUUAGAAAAACCAGACGAGAAGGUGCCGAGCCCUGUCGAAGAUGACAAGGUGAAACCACUUUUAAAAAAACCAGACGAGAAGGCUCCUAGCCCCGAUAAUGUGGAUGAUGUAAUACCAUCAUUCGUAAAGCCAGACGAGAAAGCUCCAAGUCCGGUUGAAGAAAAAGAGGUGAAACCACAUUUAGAAAAACCAGACGAGAAGGCUCCUAGCCCCGAUAAAGUGGAUGAGGUAAAACCAUCAUUCGUAAAGUCAGACGAGAAAGCUCCAAGUCCGGUUGAAGAAAAAGAGGUAAAACUAUCAUUGGAAAAGGCAGAAGACAAGGUGCCUAGCCCUGACAAAGACGACAAGGCCAAGCCUCUUUUACAAAAGACCGACGAGAAGGUGCCGAGCCCUGUCGAAGAUGACAAGGUGAAACCACUUUUCGAAAAACCAGACGAGAAGGCUCCUAGCCCCGAUAAAAUUGAUGAUGUUAAACCGUCAUUCGUAAGACCAGACGAGAAAGCUCCUAGUCCGGUUGAAGAAGAAGAGGUAAAACCAUCAUUGGAAAAGGCAGACGACAAGGUGCCUAGCCCUGUCAAAGACGACAAGGCCAAACAUCUUUUAGAAAAGGCCGACGAGAAGGCUGACGAGAAGGUGCCUAGUCCUGUCGAAGAUGACAAGGUGAAACCACUUUUCGAAAAACCAGACGAGAAAGUUCCUAGCCCAGAUAAAGUGGAUGAGGUAAAACCAUCAUUCGUAAAGCCAGACGAGAAAACUCCUAGUCCGGUUGAAGAAGAAGAGGUAAAACCAUCAUUGGAUAUGGCAGAAGACAAGGUGCCUAGCCCUGACAAAGACGACAAGGCCAAGCCUCUUUUAGAAAAGCCCCACGAGAAGGUGCCGAGCCCUGUCGAAGAUGACAAGGUGAAACCACUUUUCGAAAAAUCGGACGAGAAGGUGCCUAGUCCUGUCGAAGAUGACAAGGUGAAACCACUUUUCGAAAAACCAGACGAGAAAGCUCCUAGCCCAGAUAAAGUGGAUGAGGUAAAACCAUCAUUCGUAAAGCCAGACGAGAAAACUCCAAGUCCGGUUGAAGAAAAAGAGGUAAAACCAUCAUUGGAAAAGGCAGACGACAAGGUGCCGAGCCCUGUCGAAGAUGACAAGGUGAAACCACUUUUAGAAAAACCAGACGAGAAGGUUCCUAGCCCCGAUAAAGUAGAUGAUGUAAAAUCAUCAUUCUUUAGGCCAGACGAGAAAGCUUCAAGUCCGGUUGAAGAAAAAGAGGUAAAACCAUCAUUGGAAAAGGCCCACGAGAAGGUGCCGAGCCCUGUCGAAGAUGACAAGGUGAAACCACUUUUCGAAAAACCAGACGAGAAGGUGCCUAGUCCUGUCAAAGAUGACAAGGUAAAACCACUUUUCGAAAAACCAGACGAGAAAGCUCCUAGCCCAGAUAAAGUGGAUGAGGUAAAACCAUCAUUCGUAAAGCCAGACGAGAAAACUCCUAGUCCGGUUGAAGAAGAAGAGGUAAAACCAUCAUUGGAUAUGGCAGAAGACAAGGUGCCUAGCCCUGACAAAGACGACAAGGCCAAGCCUCUUUUAGAAAAGCCUCACGAGAAGGUGCCGAGCCCUGUCGAAGAUGACAAGGUGAAACCACUUUUCGAAAAACCAGACGAGAAGGCUCCUAGCCCAGAUAAAGUAGAUGAGGUAAAACCAUCAUUCGUAAAGCCAGACGAGAAGACUCCUACUCCGGUUGAAGAAGAAGAGGUAAAACCAUCAUUGGAUAUGGCAGAAGACAAGGUGCCUAGCCCUGACAAAGACGACAAGGCCAAGCCUCUUUUACAAAAGACCGACGAGAAGGUGCCGAGCCCUGUCGAAGAUUACAAAAUGAAGCCACUUUUAGAAAAACCAGACGAGAAGGCUCCUAGCCCCGAUAAAGUGGAUGAUGUAAAAUCAUUAUUGGAAAAGCCAGAGGAGAAGAUGCCUAGCCCUUGUAAAGAUGACAAGGCAAAACAUAUUUUAGAAAAGGCCGACGACAAGGUGCCUAGCCCUGACAAAGACGACAAGGCCAAACCACUUGUAGAAAAGGCCCACGAGAAGGUGCCGAGCCCUGUCGAAGAUGACAAGGUGAGACCACUUUUAGAAAAACCGGACGAGAAGACUCCCAGCCCUGAUAAAGUGGAUGAUGUUAAACCAUCAUUCGUAAGGCCAGACGAGAAAGCUCCUAUUCCGGUUGAAGAAGAAGAGGUAAAACCAUCAUUGGAAAAGGUUGACGACAAGGUGCCUAGCCCUAUCAAAGACGACAAGGCCAAACCACUUUUACAAAAGGCCGACGAGAAGGCCGACGAGAAGGUGCCUAGUCCUGUCGAUGAUGACAAGGUGAAACCACUUUUCGAAAAACCGGACGAGAAGGCUCCUAGCCCCGAUAAAGUGGAUGAUGUAAAACAAUCAUUGGUAAAGCCAGACGAGAAAGCUCCUAGUCCGGUUGAAGAAGAAGAGGUAAAACCAUCAUUGGAAAAGGAUGACGACAAGGUGCCUAGCCCUGUCAAAGACGACAAGCCCAAACCACUUUUACAAAAGGCCGACGAGAAGGCCGACGAGAAGGUGCCUAGUCCUGUCGAAGAUGACAAGGUGAAACCACUUUUCGAAAAACCGGACGAGAAGGCUCCUAGCCUCGUCCAAGGUGACAAGGUGAAACCACUAUCUGAAAAAGCAGACGAGAAGGCUCCUAGCCCCGAUAAAGUGGAUGAUGUAAAAUCAUUAUUGGAAAAGCCAGAGAAAAUACCUAGCCCUGCUAAAGAUGACAAGGCAAAACAUAUUUUAGAAAAGGCCGACGAGAAGGUGCCUAGCCCUGUCGAAGAUGACAAGGUUAAGCCACUUUUAGAAAAACCAGACGAGAAAGCUCCUAGCCCAGAUAAAGUGGAUGAGGUAAAACCAUCAUUCGUAAAGCUAGACGAGAAAGUUCCUAGUCCGGUUGAAGAAGAAGAGGUAAAACCGUCAUUGGAAAAGGCAGACGACAAGGUGCCUAGCCCUGUCAAGGAGGACAAGGCCAUAACACUUUUAGAAAAGGCCGACAAGAAGGUGCCGAGCCCUGUCGAAGAUGACAAAGGGAAACCACUUUUAGAAAAACUAGACGUGAAGGCUCCUAGCUCUGAUAAAGUUGAUGAUGUAAAAUCAUUAUUGGAAAAGCCAGAGAAUAUACCUAGCCCUGCUAAAGAUGACAAGGCAAAACAUAUUUUAGAAAAGGCCGACGAGAAGGUGCCUAGCCCUGUCAAAGAUGACAUGGUGAAACAACUUUUAGAAAAACCAGACGAAAAGGCUCCUAGCCCCGAAAAAGUGGAUGAUGUAAAAUCAUUAUUGGAAAAGCCAGAGGAGAAGAUGCCUAGCCCUUCUAAAGAUGACAAGGCAAAACAUAUUUUAGAAAAGGCCGACGAGAAGGUGCCUAGCCCUGUCGAAGAUGACAAGGUGAAGCCACUUUUAGAAAAACCAGACGAGAAAGCUCCUAGCCCAUAUAAAGUGGAUGAGGUAAAACCACCAUUCGUAAAGCCAGACGAGAAAGUUCCUAGUCCGGUUGAAGAAGAAGAGGUAAAACCAUCAUUGGAAAAGGCAGACGACAAUGUGCCUAGCCCUGUCAAGGACGACAAGACCAAACCACUUUUAGAAAAGGCCGACGAGAAGGUGCCUAGCCCUGUCGAAGAUGACAAAGGGAAACAACUUUUAGAAAAACCAGACGUGAAGGCUCCUAGCCCUGAUAAAGUGGAUGAUAUUAAAUCAUUAUUGGAAAAGCCAGAGAAGAUACCUAGCCCUGCUAAAGAUGACAAGGCAAAACAUAUUUUAGAAAAGGCCGACGAGAAGGUGCCUAGCCCUGUCAAAGAUGACAUGGUGAAACAACUUUUAGAAAAACCAGACGAAAAGGCUCCUAGCCCCGAUAAAGUGGAUGAUGUAAAAUCAUUAUUGGAAAAGCCAGAGGAGAAGAUGCCUAGCCCUUCUAAAGAUGACAAGGCAAAACAUAUUUUAGAAAAGGCCGACGAGAAGGUGCCUAGCCCUGUCGAAGAUGACAAGGUGAAGCCACUUUUAGAAAAACCAGACGAGAAAGCUCCUAGCCCAUAUAAAGUGGAUGAGGUAAAACCACCAUUCGUAAAGCCAGACGAGAAAGUUCCUAGUCCGGUUGAAGAAGAAGAGGUAAAACCAUCAUUGGAAAAGGCAGACGACAAUGUGCCUAGCCCUGUCAAGGACGACAAGACCAAACCACUUUUAGAAAAGGCCGACGAGAAGGUGCCUAGCCCUGUCGAAGAUGACAAAGGGAAACAACUUUUAGAAAAACCAGACGUGAAGGCUCCUAGCCCUGAUAAAGUGGAUGAUAUUAAAUCAUUAUUGGAAAAGCCAGAGAAGAUACCUAGCCCUGCUAAAGAUGACAAGGCAAAACAUAUUUUAGAAAAGGCCGACGAGAAGGUGCCUAGCCCUGUCAAAGAUGACAUGGUGAAACAACUUUUAGAAAAACCAGACGAAAAGGCUCCUAGCCCCGAUAAAGUGGAUGAUGUAAAAUCAUUAUUGGAAAAGCCAGAGGAGAAGAUGCCUAGCCCUUCUAAAGAUGACAAGGCAAAACAUAUUUUAGAAAAGGCCGACGAGAAGGUGCCUAGCCCUGUCGAAGAUGACAAGGUGAAGCCACUUUUAGAAAAACCAGACGAGAAAGCUCCUAGCCCAUAUAAAGUGGAUGAGGUAAAACCACCAUUCGUAAAGCCAGACGAGAAAGUUCCUAGUCCGGUUGAAGAAGAAGAGGUAAAACCAUCAUUGGAAAAGGCAGACGACAAUGUGCCUAGCCCUGUCAAGGACGACAAGACCAAACCACUUUUAGAAAAGGCCGACGAGAAGGUGCCGAGCCCUGUCGAAGAUGACAAAGGGAAACAACUUUUAGAGAAACCAGACGUGAAGGCUCCUAGCCCUGAUAAAGUGGAUGAUAUUAAAUCAUUAUUGGAAAAGCAAGAGAAGAUACCUAGCCCUGCUAAAGAUGACAAGGAAAAACAUAUUUUAGAAAAGGCCGAUGAGAAGGUGCCUAGCUCUGUCAAAGAUGACAUGGUGAAACCACUUUUAGAAAAGCCAGACGAGAAAGCUCCUAGUCCGGUUGAAGAAAAAGAGGUAAAACCAUCAUUGGAAAAGGCAGAAGACAAGGUGCCUAGCCCUGACAAAGACGACAAGUUCAAACCACUUUUAGAAAAGGCCGUCGAGAAGGUUUCUAGCCCUGUCAAAGAUGACAUGGUGGAACCACUUUUAGAAAAACUAGACGAGAAAGCUCCUAGUCAGGUGGAAAAAGUAGAGGUAAAACCGUCUUUGGAAAAGGCCGACGAAAAGGUGCCUAGUCCUGUCGAAGAUGACAAGGUGAAACCAUUUUUCGAAAAACCGGACGAGAAGGCUCCUAGCCUCGUCCAAGGUGACAAGGUGAAACCACUAUCUGAAAAACCAGACGAGAAGGCUCCUAGCCCCGAUAAAGUGGAUGAUGUAAAAUCAUUAUUGGAAAAGCCAGAGAAAAUACCUAGCCCUGCUAAAGAUGACAAGACAAAACAUAUUUUAGAAAAGGCUGACGAGAAGGUGCCUAGCCCUGUCGAAGAUGGCAAGGUGAAACCACUUUUCGGAAAGCAAGACGAGAAGGCUCCUAGCCCCGAUAAAGUGGAUGAUGUAAAACCAUCAUUCGUAAGGCCAGGCCAUAAAGCUCCUACUCCGGUUGAAGAAGAAGAGGUAAAACCAUCAUUGGAAAAGGCAAAAGACGAGGAGCCUAGCCCUGACAAAGACGAUAAGGCCAAACCACAUUUACAAAAGGCCGACGAGAAGGUGCUGAGCCCUGUCGAAGAUGACAAGGUGAAGCCACUUUUAGAAAAACCAGACGAGAAAGCUCCUAGCCCAGGUAAAGUGGAUGAGGUAAAACCAUCAUUCGUAAAGCCAGACGAGAAAGCUCCUAGUCCGGUUGAAGAAGAAGAGCUAAAACCAACAUCGGAAAAGGCAGACGACAAGGCGCCUAGCCCUGCCAAAGAUGAAAAGAUGAAACCACUAUUAGAAAAACUAGGGGAGGAGGCUCCAAGCCCCGAUAAAAAUGAAGAGGUACAACCAUCAAUGGAAAAGGCAGAAGACAAGUUGCCUAGCCCUGGCCAAUAUGACAAGAGUAAACCACUUUUAGAAAAGCCAGACGAGAAAGUGCCUAGCCCCGUCAAAGAUGACAAGGUGAAACCUAUUUUAGAAAAACCAGACGAGAAGGCUCCUAGCCCCGAUAAAGUGGAUGAUGUAAAACCAUCAUUGGAAAAGCAAGACGAGAAAGCUCCUAGUCCGGUUGAAGAAGAACAGGUAAGACCAUCAUUGGAAAAGGCAGAAGACAAGAUGACUAGCCCUGACAAAGACGACAAGGCCAAACCAAUUUUAGAAAAGUCAGAUGAGAAGGUACCUAGCCCCGUCAAAGAUGACAAGGUGAAACCACUGUUUGAAAAACCAGACGAGAAGGCUUCUAGCCCAGAUAAAGUGGAUGAGGUAAAAUCAUCAUUGGAAAAGCAAGACGAGAAAGCUCCUAGUCCGGUUGAAGAAGAAGAGGUGAAACCACUUUUAGAAAAACCAGACGAGAAGGCUCCUAGCCCAGAUAAAGUGGAUGUGGUAAAACCAUCAUUAGUAAAGCCAGACGAAAAAGCUCCUAGUCCGAUCGAAGAAGAAGGGGUUAAACCGUCAUUGGAAAAGGCAGAAGACAAGGUGCCUAGCCCUGACAAAGAUGACAAUGUGAAACCACUGUUUGAAAAACUAGACGAGAAGGCUCCUGGCCCAGAUAAAGUCGAUGAGGUAAAACCAUUAUUAGUAAAGCCAGACGAGAAAGCUCCUAGUCCGGUUGAAGAAGAAAAGGUAAAACCAUCAUUUGAAAAGGCAGAAGAUAAAGUGAGUAGCCCUGACAAAGACGACAAGGCCAAACCACUUUUAGAAAAAGCCGACGAAAAGUUGCCAAGCCCGAGCAAAGAUGACAAGAUUAAACCACUUUUAGAAAAGCCAGAUGAGAAGGUGCCUAGCCCCGUCAAAGAUGACAAGGUGAAACCACUGUUUGAAAAACCAGACGAGAAGGCUGCUAGCCCCGAUAAAGUGGAUGAUGUAAAACCAUCAUUGGAAAAGCAAGACGAGAAAGCUCAUAGUCCGGUUGAAGAAGAAGAGGUAAAACCAUCAUUGGAAAAGGUAGAAGACAAUGUUCCUAGUCCUGACAAAGUCGACAAGGCCAAACCACUUUUAGAAAAGCCGGACGAGAAGGUGCCUAGCCCCGUCGAAGAUGACAAGGUGAAACCGCUUUUAGAAAAACUAGACAAGAAGGUUCCUAGCCCCGAUAAAGUGGAUGAGGUACAACUAUCAUUAGUAAAGCCAGACGAGAAAGCUCCUAGUCCGUUUGAAGAAGAAGAGGUAAAACCAUCAUUGGAAAAGGUAGAAGAUAAGGUGCCUAGCCCUGACAAGGAUGACAUGGCCAAACCACUUUUAGAAAAGCCAGGCGAGAAGAUGUCUAGCCCCAUUAAAGAGAUCGAAGUAAAACGAUCAUUCCAAAACCUAGAUGAAAAAACACCUAGUCCAGUCAAAGUAGACCAAGAAAAACCCGUUUUUGAAAAGCCAGAAGAGAAGGCACAAAGCCCGGUUAAAGGAGACAAAGAAAAACCUGUGCUUAAAAAACUGGCUGAGAAGGCGCCAAGCCCGGUUAAAGAAUACAAAGAAAAAUCUGAUCUUGAAAAGCCAGAAGUGAAGAUACCUUACCCCGUCAAAGAUGACAAGGUGAAACCUCUUUUAGAAAUGCCAGACGAUAAAACUCCGAGUCCAAUUUCGGAAGAUAAAGAAAAAAUCGAUAUUGAUAACAUAGAGAAGAUUAUUCCUAGCGCUGCCCAAGAUGAUAAGUUUGCACCCAUUUCAAAAAUGCUAGACGACAAGACGCCUAGCCCUGUUAAAGAGGCCGAAAUAAAACCAUCAAUCGAAAAGACAAAUGAGAAAGCUUUCAGUCCGGUUAAGGUAGACAAAGAAAAACCUGUUCUUGAAGAGCCAUAUGAGAAGACGCCAUGCCCAGCUAAAGAAGACAAAGAGAAACCUCUGCUUAAAAAGCCAGACCUGAAGGCUCGUAGUCCCGUCAGAGAAGACACGAUUAAACCCGUUCUUGAAAAGCCUGUGGAGAAGAUUCCUAGCCACGUCAAAGAUGACAAGGUAGAACAACUUUUAGUUAAGCUAGACGAAAAAAUGCCUAGCCCCAUUAAAGAGAUUGAAGUAAAACCAUCAUUCGAAAAGCCAGAUGAGAAAGCUCCAAGCACAGUUAAAGUAGACGACGAAAAACCUGUUCUUGAAAAGCCAGAAGAGAAGGUGCCUGGCCCUGUCAAAGAUGACAAUAUAUUAGAAAAAGCGCAUGAGAAGGCACCAUGCCUUGAUAAAGAAGACAAAUCAAAACUUGUUAAAGACAAACCCUAUGAUCAUACUCUCGAUACUGGCAAAGAUAGAGAAGAACUCGUUCAAGAUAAGCCUAUUUCUAUGAAGGAAGACAAGGACGAUUUAUGUUCUAAGGAAUUUCCAAUAAUUGAUGAAACUUCAGUUACUGAAGACAAACAGGAGAAAACUAUUGUUGUUAAUGGCAAAAGUAUUUUACAAAUUCUUACCAUAACUACAACCAAACAAAUUGUAUCGAAUGAAACCAGAUCAAAAAGAAAAUUAAGGACUACAGUCAUAACUGUUACGGAAUCAUUUUUGCCUGAUGGUCUUACAGAAAAAACAAAGGAUAUUAAAGUCUAUUUCUCUGAUUAUGCAUCCGAUAAUGACGGUAAUCUUUUUGAAAUUAGUGAACCAAUCAUUAAAACUGAUCCUGAAUUAAAAACUGAUAAUAAACUCAAAACUAUGAUGUUAUAUGAGGAUCAGUUUCCUGUUGAAGAUGCAGGCGAGAAAGCAAUGAAACAGUUUAAAGAAGAUAGUCAAGGCGUCACAGUCGAAACGACAGAUGUUAAAGAUCUCGAAUAUGAUUCGGAAGACAACAUUCCUGAAGGAUUUAAUUUAACAGAAAAACCUCUUAAGUUUACAACUGUUAAUGUGGAAUAUUUAACAGAAAAUAAUGUUAAAAUAAGUAGAAAAACUACUAAAACUACUAUAGUCCAAACUUUCAGUAAUCUUCAUGCUAAUAUAAAGAGAAUUAGAACUAUCACAAUUAUAACAAUUGCAGAUGAAUUUCCCGAUGGAACAAUUACAACUAAAACUAGCAAAGAAAUUACGCAAGUUGAUGAAAUUUUAAAUGAGAGUGACCCUUCGCUUGACAUGACGCAGAAAGAGACCACGUGUGACUCAGAAGAAUUUGAAUUUUCAGAAGAGCCAGUAGAAGAAACUUCUUCACAGGUUGAUACUAUUUUAGAAAAUGGCAUAACAAUUAAAAGGAAAAUCAUAGUUUCGAAAAUAAUUCAAUCUUUCUAUAAUUUAUACAAAAAAAUUAAACGUACCAAAACUACUGUUAAAACAACUAUUGAGGACGAACUACCUGAUGGUAACAUUACUAUUAAAACUAGUGAUAAGAUCUCGUCUGUGGAUGAAAUUGUCGAUGAUAAAUACUUAAAUGAAAAACUAAGUAAGUAUAAAAAAACAGAAGACAAUAUAUUAACAAAAGAAUUGAAGAAGUACGAAGAAAAGGAUGUAGAUGAACAAGAAAUUAUUAAAAUUAAUGGUGAAUCUUCUAGCGUAGUAGCGACAAGUAGUCAAACAGGUGCUAGCGAAAAACCUCUUUUUAUUAAAAAAGAAACAUCUGCAUUAGAUGAAAAUAAUCUUAAGUUAAUAUCUGAACUCAAAGACAGUCAUGACGAAAUUAAUAAAUCUCUGAAAUCUCAGUCAAUAAAUAAAUUUGUUAAAGAAACGGAACAAAUGCUUCAUGAAGAAAGGUUAAGACAUGAAGCUGAAUUAAAAGAAAGUACCGAAACUCAUUCCAAAAAUUUCUGUGAUGAGAUAGACAAAGAAAAUAUGUUACAAGCAUUGGUACACAGCAGUUCUGAAGAUGUUUCUAAAGAAAUUAGCUUAGAAGAAAAAUAUUCAUAUGAAAGCACUGAAAAAACUGAAAAAUCAAUAGCAAGUACAGAAAAAAAAGGCCUGUUUGAUAAAAAGAUAUCAUCAACUUCAAAAGAAACUAAAACGCAAAAAGUCAGUGCAACAACAGCUGAUGAGGUUGCGGAUAUGCAUACUGCUGAUGUAACUCUUAAAGAUGAAAUACUUCUAUCCGAUGCUUCUGAUUCUGGGGUACAUAGUAUCCAAUUUGAUACAGACACAACUUUAUCUACAGCCGAUCGUCCUACUCAUACACUUACAGAAAAUGCAAAGCAUCUACUGGAAUCUAUACACAAAGCAUUCAGCGAUGAAACUAUACAUCAGGGUAUUAAAUCGGAAGGCGUAGAAUCUCUUACGGUCUAUCCUGAAUUUGAUAGAGUAUCUACUCCACCAACUGUCCCUGUUAGCCCAUUACCAAAAAUACCAAGUAGUUUUCAAGACAUUAAGAUUAGUGAUGGCGUUCAAAGUGAAGUAUCAUAUGAUAAAUCUGAUGGUAACGAAGAAACCAUAACUAAGGUUGUACAUGUUGGUGAUGAUGUUCUUACGCAGAAAAUAUCUACAUCUACUGAAAAAGUACCGAAAACUAUUAAAAAUGACAUUGAAGACGAUGGAGAUUCGGAUAUUUUGAAUUUAAUGCAAACAAUUGGCAAGAUCAAAACAGAAACUGAUACGGUCACAAAAAUUAUAAAAGAGGGUGAAAAUGUUGUUACUCAAACAAUAACGACAGUGACAACAAAGGAAAUAAUUUCAAAAGAAGACGGCACUCCUCAAAAUAUUAAAACAACGAUCGAAACUACCACACUCAGUAAAAGCUCAGAUGGCUCUACAACCACUACCAAAGAUACGCAGACGUUAUUAUCAGAAUGUUCUUCCAGCCUUAAGUCUACCUCACUCAUGGAUUUAUAUGCAAAAGAUAAAAAAAUAGACAAAUUCUACCUCGAAACAAGUGAUCAAAAGACUGAAAGUAGUACUAGUAGCCAUAUAAAAGAUAGUACUGAUAAAAUAACUAAAAUGUCUUCCAGUAAAAGUAAAAUUACCAAAAAAGGAGAUACCAUGCUCAAACUUGAUUUAUCUGAAGAAUCUGAUGAUGCAGAGGAAAAUGUUGAAGAUACAGUAAUUGAUACUGACGUUAGUAAGCGAGUAAUUAAAGAAAAUAAUGUAGACAUUGUUGAAACUAUUACAACUACCACAAAGAAGGAAACUAUAAAAAUCAGUGAUACAGAAAAAAAUCUAAAGACAACUAUUGAAAUAACCACGACAAAAGAAUAUCCUGAUGGUUCUAAAGAUGUUCGAAAGUCUGUAGAAGUUAAAACAGAGGAAUUAGUUUCUAGUUCGAGCAGUAACAUUGAUAGGUUAUUAAAUGAAUAUAUUACUAUAGGUGAACCUGAAGAAAGUUUAUCAACUGAAACAGAGGAAUUGGUAAUGAAAAACGUUAUUAUUAAGCGUACAACUUUAACAAAGAUUGUUAAAACAAAAUAUGCUGAUAAUUACGGAAAUUUAAAAAAAAUAAAGAUGGAAACUACUGUAACGAUCACUGAUGACUACCCAGAUGGAUCUUCUCAAACAAAAGUUGAUUGUAGUACGACUUUAAUUGACGUGGAAGAUAAAAAUGUGAUUGAAGCAACAGAGCUUAAUGAUUACACGGUAAUAGAAGACAAAAUAGUAGAUGUUGAUAAGCAGGAAAAGGAUGUUGUUCUUGAAGGAAAGACGAUUCAUCAGAUCAUUACGACAACUACGAUAAAAGAAAUUUUGACCACAAGUGAUAAAUUAAAGAAAAAGGUUAAAACUACUAUAGAAACAGUAACUGAAUCUACAUUACCAAACGGAGAAGUUGAAAUCACCAAGGAAUCUAAGGUAAAAAUAUCAGAUCAUACUACCGAACCUGUAGAUGAAAUACCUGAAGGGUUUGAAUCUGGUGGUAAGCCAAAUGAAGAAAUAACCGAAAAUGUGGAAGUCAUUAAUGAAAAUGGUGUUCAAAUCAAAAGAAAAACAAGAAUUGCUAAUCUUAGUCAAGAGUAUCUCAAUAAAUCGAAGAAUGUUAAACGAAUUAAGCUAACCACUAAAACAAUAAUUGAAGAUGAAUAUCCUGAUGGAUCUGUUAUUACAAAAACUAGUGAAAAAAUUUCAGUCGUAGAUGAUGUUCUUUCACCUCGUGUAAGUGAUAGCCAGAGUACACCUACAAAAUUGACAACUGAACAAGUUUUAUCUAGUCCUGUAUAUGAAGACAGUAAUACAGUGGAGGAAGUGUUACAAAAUCUUACUGUGAUAGGUGAUCCACUAGAAAAUGAAUACAGCGAAGAAAAAUAUAUUAAACAUGAUGAUCUAGUUAUCCAAAGAAUUAUUUUAACAAAAAUCGUUAAAACAAAUUAUGCAGAUACUAAUAAAACAGUAAAAAAAAUCAAGACUGUCACAACUGUUACUACUACUGAUAAGUACCCAGAUGGAUCCUCACGCAUAAGCGUAGACAAAAGACAAUCAAUAACAGAUGUUGAUGGUGACGAUUCAUUACAAUCUGAAGAAUUAAAGCAAUUUUCCGAAUUAUUAGAUAAAACAGUUAAUAUUGAUAACCAACAAAAGACUAUUACCAGAGAUGGUAUUAAAGUUAACCAAUUAAUUAAUAUUACGACUACAAAAGAAAUAUUAUCCACAAAAGAUAAUGCAAAGAAAAUAAUUAAAACAACUAUUGAAACUAUAACAGAAACUAAAUUACCGAAUGGAACAACUGAAGUAACUAAGGAUGUCAAAAUUACUGUAUCUGAUUAUGAAAGUGACUCUUUUGAUGAAAACUUUAUAGGCUAUACGCAACUGGGAGAACCAAAUAUACAAACUAGUUCACAAACUGAACAAAUAAUUGAAGGCGACAAAAUAAUAAAUAGAAAAACUAUCGUUACUACAAUACGGGAAGAAUUUGAAAACGUUGAAACAAAAUCAAAAAAAGUUAAGACAACUGUAAAAACAACCAUUGAAGAUGAAUAUCCCGAUGGAACUGUGAUUACCAAGAAGAGUGAGAAAGUAUCUAUUGCUGAUUUUCUGUUAACUGUUCCUCUGGUUAAUGACGGAAAAGAACCACCAGAAUCAUAUAUUGGUGAGAGCGAAAUAGUUGAAGACACGUCUGAAGAUUCUGUUGUGAAAAAUGAAAUAGUCAAAAAGGAUGACAUUGAAAUAAAUCGCACUAUAACAACGAAAACAAAACGUGAAAUUUUAGCUAGCUCUGAUAAAGAUAUUGAAAGAGUUAGAACUACAAUAGAAACAAUUACAGAUGAUGAAUAUCCUAAUGGUUUAAUUGAAACAACUAAAGAUAUAAAAAUAACAAUAUCCGAAUCGCAGAAAACUUAUGACAGUGAUUUACAAGCUGCAUUACGGGGUCUUAAGCCAACUGGCAAAGUAAAAUCAUCAGUCGAUAAAAAAACAAAAGUUAUUUUUACAGAUGAAGCAAAAAAAAAUAAUCAAACCAUAACAACAUAUGUGACUAAGGAAGAAAUGAUUAAUACAGAAAAGAACCAGAUAGCGGUUAAAACAGUUACUGAAACUGUCACAGAAAAUUCAAAUGAAGAUGGUACAACACAGAUAACUAAUGAUAUAAGUACUCAAGUAACAUACCUCCCCAUGGGAACAGCUCUUGAGGAUUGGUCUCCAGAAGAAUUAGAAGAAAUCGAAAAACAAUCGUUAUCUCGAAGUAGUGGCGCGAUGCUUCACACAGAUGAAAAACCAACUAUUAACGAAUUGCCUUUACAAUCAAAAAUUGAACCACAACUUGAAACUAAGCCAAAGAAGCGAUCACCUGUAGGAGAAAUAACCACUGAAACAGAUACUUUUACUAAAAUAAUAAAAGAAGGUGAUAAUGAAAUCACUCAAACUAUUACUGUAGUUACUACUAAAGAAGUUAUAACUCCAGAGAAAAUCAAGGUUACUGUUGAGACUACUACAGUUAGUAAAGGAAGUGACGGUAUUACAAAAACCACAAAAUCAACCAAAACAACAAUAUCGGAGAUAAAAGAAGAAUAUGAAGAAAUCAUCGACACAGGUGAAAGCGAAAAAUCAUUUUCUAAAUUAUCGUCUAAAACUAGUGAUAUGCGAAGCUCAUCCGCCGCAAGUGACGAUUUAGAUCAUCCUGGUAUAUCAUCACCACCAUCCGAUAUUAGUUCAAGAGAAUCACGAGCCGCUACACACAUUUGGGGAACUGAGAGUAGUGGAAUGUAUUACAGUGACGAUGAUGGCCAAGCAAGUCCAAGUAGUACAAAAUCUCAAAUAGCUCAUUCGCCAAGGUCAAAUUUAAGUUUUGAGCUAGACACAAAAUUGUCACAGCACAAAGAACAUGAUUUAAUGACAAGAACAGGCUUUGAUCCAAUGUCUACGUCAAUUUACGGACAAUUGCCUGAUGAUGAUUCUUGUACAUAUUCAACACAUUCCGAUGAAAAGACUGAAAUACAUUUUAUAGAUAAGUCAGAAACUAAAUUAUCUGAGGUAUUAUUUUCAACAAAAGAAACUAGCUCAGACGCGUCGUUUUUAAAAGAAGCAGAUGAACAAUUUGAGAAAGCGAUCGAAGAGCAUAAAAAAGUUAGCGGUUCAGAAGUCAUAUCUAGCGUGACAGGGAAAUAUAAACUUGAUCAGCAUGAUUUCUCUAGCACUAGCCAUCAAGAAUGUCAACAAGAAACGACUUCUUUAACUCUUAAAGAUAUAAAAACUGAUUCGAAAAAAGUUACACAUAUGAGCUCUUCAUCAAGUAGUAGCAAAGAUGAAACUAAAGUAGAAAAAAUUGUACAUACUGAGUCUAAAGAUCCUAUAGAGUCUUGGGGUAAGCCGCUUGGCCUACCAAGUCCUAUCUUACCGCCUAAUCAGACAGAUGGCAAAAACACGCCAAAAAAACAAAUGAGUUCAACGGUGGCAAAUAAAAACAAAAUUAAUCAAGAAAAAAGUAAAGAAGCAAAAAGAGCAUCCGAAUCUCCAAGUAAGAAAAAAGCUCCAACACCUAUUUACAUGGAUUUAACGUACGUUCCUCAUCAUGGUAAUUCGUACUAUUCUGCUAUUGAAUUCUUCAAAAGAGUUCGAGCCCGAUAUUAUGUAUUUUCUGGAACGGAACCGUCUAAAGAAAUUUAUAACGCUCUCCUAGACGCUAAGAAAACAUGGGAAAAUAAAGAUUUAGAAGUCACAAUUAUUCCCACAUACGACACUGACGUUCUUGGUUACUGGGUUACCGAAAACGAGGAAGCACUCGAAAAAUACAAGAUCGACUUGUCGCCGUCCGCUUCCCGCUGUACGAUUAACUUGCAAGACCACGAGACCUCAUGUGCGGCGUAUCGUCUUGAAUUCUAGGUGUCGGGUCUAUUUGUAGCCUUCUCAUCGAAGAAGUGAUCCACUUUUUAAAAUUAGGUACUUUUGAAUGGGGAACCAAAGAGACAUUUUUUGUUGUAGGAAAUUAAGGCUGUGAUAAAGAACGGAGCAUUCAAAAGCACCUACUUAAAGGACACUACUCCGUAUGAGAUCGUUUGCAAAUAGAUGCAGUAAAGACUAUGUGAUAUUAUUAUGCAGUUUAAAACCAACCCAUAGAAGUUUAAUGAAGUGUAUAGUGUUCAAACGGCCAAGUGACGAUCCUGAAAUUAUAAAGUCCUUAACCGCAUCCAACACGAAUGUCAAUAACCAAAUUUUCGACCUAAAACAGAAACGUCCAUUUUUUUCUAAAACUGUUUUCUAGUAGCGUCAUUGACAAAAAUAGGACAUGCCAUUUAAAAUAUUUUUCUGACGAUAUUUUUAAAUUUGGUCUUAUACAAUCAGUAGUGCUUUUAUACACGAUUUUUAGCGAAACCAGUCCAUUUUGUUUAGCCAAAAACACCGCUUGUGCGAAAUAUCUAAAUUUUUUAAAAUAAAAUUAUUUUGCUAAAGCAUUGACUUCUUAAUAGGACGUAUUAUUAAAUAUUGUAUACGUAUUGCAUAUUCUUUUAGCUAUUCGCUUUAUAACGGACGUGAUAUUUGAAAUAAGUCCAGUUCUAAUUAAUAAACGAUAAAAAAGGACGAGUAUAAAAUUCAUCUGAAUUACACGAAUGGUUUUGUAAGGUGAUUGAAAUAUAUAUUUGAAGAGUAUAUUUUACUAAUUGUCUUAAAAAGACGCUUCUGAAACGUCACACGACGAGCUAGUGCUGCUUGCACUAAUUACGUAAUAUUAUUAGAAUUGACGUCAUUAUGUUCAAUAUUGAUCUAGAAGACAAAGAUAGUUGUCAUACUGAGCAUAGACGACUACUGGAAGGAUUGGAAAAAGUACUAUCCUCAAUACUUUUUACAAUUCAAAUCGAGUGUCGUGUAUUGGGACCUUUAAGAAAAUGUACAUAGACAUUUGAAAUUAUAAAAGGUGCAUCGGUGGGAUUUAUUAAAUGUUGCCUGCAUUUAAUAUUGUCCUACUUGUACCGUUGUUCAUUAUAUAUUGUCCCAAUGAGAUACAGCUAUUUGUCUUUCUAGAUAAUCGAUCAGCCUAAGAUGAUAGAGAGCUUACUCCAUAUUAAUAUAAAUGUUUUAUUAGAAUUAUUAAUACAAAUAAAACAAUAUAUUUACCUUUGUUUUAAGUUGAUAUCUGCUUGUUGCGAUGACUAUGAUAUAUUUUAAGUGAGUGUUGUUUAAAUUGAACUCAUUUCAUGUACAGACGACAGAAUUAUUACAGAAUCUCUGAUUUUACUAUUGUUUGGCAAUAAUCAUUUUUGGUACAUGUUUGUUGAAUAGUUUAAAUUUCUAGUCGAUUCCAACCCAAAAACUUGUGAAUGCCUAUUAGUAUUAUAUGUUCCUAUGACAAUUGAUUUAUAGUUUUUUUUUUUAUCUUUUGAUUUCGACUUAAUGUCACUAUUCUACGUGUAUAGACUUUCCCUUUAGAUGGAUAUUUGUUUAAAAAUUACCGUUUUAUUCGAGUUGUGUGAGAGAAUGUGAUAUUUAUAAAAAAAUCAUCAAAUUUUACCAUCUAGUCUAGUGGAUAAGCUGUAAGAAAACUUUCCUUGGAUUAAAAAAAUUCCUCGUUUCAUUUGCCUAUUCAAGUGAAGAUUUUGAGUCAAUUAAUUUUAAGUCAUUCAUAGAGAUAAGCCGACUAAGCCUGUCAUCGCUUACUUUGCCAAACUUAAUAACUAUAACUAAAAAUAGUGAAAAUGAUUCUGUAUAAUUGAUGGCACCAGCACAAUGUAAUAACAUAAAUAAAUUAAAAAAAAAUGCAUUAAAACAAAUACAUAAAUUAUGGAAUACAAUAUAUUUAUUUUAUAUUUAACGAUAUUGUGAGACCGAAUGUGAAAUUACUUUAUAGUUGUAUAAUGUUUAUUAUUAUUGAUAUUAAUGUGUUUGAGUUGAGUGUUAGUUGGUGUGAGCACAACAAUUAUGUUAUCUGUUAUGUGGAAUGCUUAACAGUUGUGAAUGGGACGAAACAGGGAGAUGAAUCUUGUUUAAAGUCUAAAUAUAUGUGAUUCAUAAUUGAUGCAUUUUCAAAGACUUCUUAACUCGUUUUUAAUGGUGCAUGCUUUAUUUAAAUCUAAGCUUUCGCUCUUACAGUAUAAUUAAGAAUUACUUUAUCUGCUGUUGUAUUAGACAGUUUUGUAUCUUCAGUUUGAUAAGAUUUUUUUUUAUUUCUAUCCAAGUCUCGUUGACGAUGCAUCAAUCCUGGACCAUUUGCUUUUUGAGUGUUAGGGGUGUCUUUCUUGGCUUUCUAAUCUUAGCCAGCGACCACAUUUGCUGGAACUAAAGCCUAACCCAAAAAUUUACUAUUGUAUGGAAUAGCUAGAACUCUAAUUAAUGCAUAUUAUAUUAGGAAUAUUAAAAUGUUAUUAAAAUAAGAAUUGUAUCAGCUUAGUGAACAUCAAUAGCUCUGAGAAAUAAAUCAUUAUUAAAAUUAUUAAAUGUAGUAUUCUUGAUAUCACGAAAGCUUAUGUUAACUCUACUAAAUGUUGAAAUUAAAAAAGAUGAAAUUUAAAAAAAUGCAGUUGAAAAUUGGACGUUUGUUUUGAAUCUCAUUAAAUCUUAGAUUUAUGUGUAAUCUAAUUGAUUCGAUCGGCUUAAAUCGUUUUAAUCCCGAUAUAUUAGUGCUACUGAAUUUAAAAUUGAGAAAAGGCUAUACGGGAGUCGUACUAAAUGGAUACGGUGUGAAUAUAUUGCGUAAAAAUGUGGUGCUAACAACUGACAUGCGAUGUUGUACUGUUUAUAAUAUAACCAAAAUAAAUCACGAUUUAAUUAUAUUAGUACUAAAUUAUAUAUUUAAUUUGCAUAAUAUCUUAGAUCGCGAUUUAUUCUGGGAUUAUGGACACGCUUGAUGGCAAGAGACUGAUUAAUGUUUUGGUGAAAAAUUAUAUUUUUUGCAUUAUUUUUCAAAUUGAUUAUGAUUUACAGUUUAGUUUAUAGAUACUUAAUAAUUUGAAUAAUGAUGUAAUCUUUUCGUGGACUUUAGGUAUUUGUAACGAUUACUGUAUUAUGUAAAUUAAUAUUAAAAAUUAAAAACCAUUCAUUGUAUCAGUCAUGUCGCUAUUUCCCAUUCGGCGUGUUUGGUGUGAGAAUCAUUAAGGUAAUAAAAAAUAUUUCAAAAUGUUA